AUGCCUCGCUUUGUUCCCCGUCAGCGGAAGCACAAAGUGCUUGCCCGUCAGCAAGCGCAAGCCAGACCGUCUCCUGCCACCACCGCCCCGCAGCAGACCAACCAAGAAAUCAUUGUCCCUCAAAGCCAGGCGGAGAGAGAGGCGAAGAAGCAAAAAUUGAGGGAAGAGUUGAGAGCCCAACAGCCACAUGCCUCAAGCAAGAAGAAGAAAAGAUUGGACAAGUACAUUGAGAACAAACUGAGAAAGGAUGAGACGUUGGACCUGUUGCGGAAAUUGGAGCAAGAGAAAGAGAAGUAUGAAGCUGUUGUCGCAAAGAGCUCUGGGAACUUGGGGAAACGCACAUUUGGAGAGUUUAUAAAUGAAGCGGGGCCAAGUUCGAAGCAUUCAAAACAAAAGAUCCCACAGAUGCAGGAUGAUUCGGACAUAGACAGUGAGGACUCGUUCGAGGCAGAACACAAGGAAGCCUUUAACGACAAGAAACGGCUGGGGGAACCAAGAAUAUCUGACGGGCCUCCUCAUAUACAGGGGAGUGGUCUUGCCCAACCGUUGGCACUAGAUGAAAAUGGAUUGCCCAUCAUACAAUCUCGAAGGGGGAAGACACGGAUCCGACCGCAGGACGAGGCUUCAGUGGAGUUGCCCUGGGAAGGCUUCGAUUCCGAGCCAAGUAUACACGAGCAAGAUUCAGAGGAAGAGGACUCGGGAGAGGAAGAAGAGGAGGAAGGGUCGAGCUCCGAAUUGCCUAGCUCAUCGAACGAUUCAGAAGAUGCUUCAGACAGUGAAGACAACACAGACAUGUCCGAAACCGACGAGGUCGAUGGGGACAAAAUAAAACCAAGGAAUUCAGCAUUCAAAGCAUGGGCAACCCAGCAACUAAACCAAUCCAUAGGAUAUACACCGUCUUACACAACGGGCGAAGGACAACUAUUACCUGUGCCCAAACCAGUCACCAAAUCAGAGACUCAGCCUCCGAAGCCUGCGACAGCAAGUACGGUGUCAAAUCCUGUACUUAAUCGAAUAGCGUACGCUGUGCAUGUUAGUCGGUCAGAGGAUAUACAACAAUCUCGGUCCCAACUGCCAAUUCUCCAACGAGAGCAGGAAAUUAUGGAAGCCAUCCACAAUAACCCCGUUGUGAUCAUCAAGGGGGAUACCGGGAGCGGCAAAACCACACAGAUACCACAAUUUCUCUUCGAAGCCGGCUACGGCUCCCCGGAAGGACCAACUCCAGGCAUGAUUGGAAUCACCCAGCCUCGUCGUGUUGCCGCAGUCAGCAUGGCGAAGCGGGUGAGUACCGAGCUGGGAGAACAUGGGCACACAGUGUCAUAUCAGAUCAGGUUUGACAGCAACGUCUCGCCGAAUACCGCGGUCAAAUUCAUGACCGACGGGAUCUUGUUGCGUGAGCUCUCCGAGGAUUUGCUGUUGAGGAAGUACUCUGUGAUAGUCGUCGACGAAGCCCACGAGAGAAGCGUCAAUACUGACCUAUUGAUUGGAAUGCUGAGCAAAAUCGUUCCAGCUCGGAUGCAGAAGAAUCAAUUCAACCCGAACCCGACGCCCCUUAAAUUGAUCAUCAUGUCUGCUACACUCAACAUUGGUGACUUUCUCCAUGAGAAGCUCUUCUCACAGUCCCUACGGCCUCCCAUAGUCGAAGCUGAAGGACGUCAACACCGUGUCACAACACACUUUGCGCUAAGGUCACGAGCAGAUUAUGUGGAAGAGGUGAUUGAAAAGGUCAGACGGGCUCACCGGAAACUUCCUAGAGGCGGCAUCCUCGUCUUCCUAACGGGCCAGAACGAAAUCAAGCAAGUUGGCAACCGACUCAAUGCUCUUCUGGGCCGAGGAAGUAGCAGCAGGGGGAGGACGAACACACCCCGAGUAGAGAUUGCUGCGAGUGAAGCACCGCUUGAAGUUGAGGAUUUCGAACUGAGCGCUGUGAGAGUGGACGAAGAACAGGACGACUUCGAGAUGGACAUUUUGACGCACUCAGAAGAUGAAGCGGAAGAGAGGGAAUUCGAUAUUUCAGAUGACGAAGAGGAAGAAGAAGCUGAGAGAACUCCUUCCCAAGCUCGUAUGCAUUCGAAAUCAAGCGAACCAUACACAUCAGUCCACAUUCUCCCACUAUACUCACAGCUACCUACUCCCGAACAACUGAAGGUCUUCGAACCACCCCCUCCUGGAGCACGGCUGAUUGUGCUUGCAACCAACGUGGCCGAAACGAGUUUGACCAUACCCGGCAUACGCUAUGUUUUCGACACUGGGCGUAGCAAGGAACGUAAGUAUAAUCUUGACUCUGGCGUCCAGAGCUUUGAGAUCGACUAUAUCAGCAAAGCCAGCGCACAGCAGCGUGCCGGUCGCGCAGGACGUACAGGGCCGGGGCACUGUUGGCGGCUGUACUCGUCAGCAGUAUACGAGCAAUUCUUUCCCGAUCAUGCAGAGCCUGAGAUCUUGAGGGCACCCGCAGAGAGCGUGGUGCUGCAGUUGAAGGGGUUCGCCUACCCCCGACCGAUCGCCGAAUUUCCGUUCCCGACACCACCGGCCGCCCAGACUCUCGACAAGGCAGAGCAACUGUUGAGGAACCUGGGGGCCCUGGCAACUAGCGGUUCGAUCACGGACCUGGGCAGACAACUGUCUAUGUAUCCGCUCUCGCCUCGCCUCGGGAAGAUACUGGCCGCGAGUGUCACUGCGCCAGACUUGCUUUGGCACAUCCUCGCGCUCGUCUCUGCUCUAGCUGUUCCAGAGAUCUUUGUCACGGAAGGGCAACUCAAUCUCAUUGAUGAUAAGGCUACAGGAGCCGGUUCAUCAGCUUCUCGUCGACAAGAUGACGAUGACGAUGACGAAGAGCCUGCAGUGUACACAAUCGAGAAACAAGAGGAAGACGAUCGCCGCGACCGGCUACGACAAGAAUAUGGCCGUGCCCGCGCCACGCUGAGCAAGAACGAUAAAACUUCCGAUGCGAUGAAACUCCUCACCGCAGUGUCUAUGUAUCUUGACAGCUCUCCAUCCAGCCGAGAGGCGCUGUGCAAGUCGCUCUUCCUCCGGUCCAAGGCCAUGGCCGAAAUCGUCCAGCUGCGUGAUCAGCUGGAACACCUGGUCCGGAUGAAUCACCGCAACACAAUCACCGGCGAGACGAUCUCGCGGUCCCGGAAGACCAAGAUCUCUUCGAGCAAGGUGGCCACGAGAAUCAACACAGUCGUGGCGUCCGGGUACAUCGACCAAGUCGCUGUCCGCUACGACAAGGCACCGCAACCCCCGUCCGACAUCCCCGUGAAACCGCGCCGGGCGAUCGACGUGCCCUAUCUCCCUCUGAUCCCGCUGCACGACCACCCGGCCGCUCCGCUGCACGAGAAAGCGGUGUUCAUCCACCCGUCUUCGGUUCUCGCGCGAGCCAACGUCAAAGACCUGCCCGAGUAUAUCUGCUACAGCCACCUACAGCGCUCUCAAGCCCACACCAUUACCAUCACAUCGUCGUCGUCAUCCUCGCAUCCGGAGGCCAAGAAGAUCCCCAAGACGAGGAUGUUCCCCCUCGCGCCCGUCACCGCGGCCCAGCUGGCGUCCCUGGCGCGCGACACGGCCCUGGUCAAAUACGGCAAACCCGUCCCCAAGACCCAGGUCGACGAUCUGCCCGGCUCGCCGAGGCGGAGGGAGUGCUGGGUCACGGUGGACCUGCGCCCGAGCAGCGGCACCGGAGGCGCUCUGGGCUGGCCUCUCCCGCCGGUCAAGGUCAGGCAGGUCAUGGAUGUGAAGAGCAAGACUGGCUGGAGGGUGGAGAAGGUACUCAGCCCGUGA